AUGAUUGACGUAUGUUUUGUGUCGGGUUUGCUGCAGGUACCUGGGCGUUCCGCGAGGACGUGCGGGGUUGUGCACACGACACCUCUUCGUUGCUCUGUGGGGCGCAGGGUGCCGGCGCAGGGGCACCGGCGACCGCUCGGCGCGAGCGCGCAGGGCGCCCCGAUGCAGCGUCGGAUGCGCGCCUGCUUCGCUGUUCCGCCUGAGGGUACUGCGGCUCCUGCGUACGGAGGAACGGGAGGUAGCGGUGGUAGUCGCAGCGGCAGCGGUGGUGGUGGCGGAGGUGGUGGUGGUGGUGGCGGAGGUGGUGGCGGCGCGUCGGGUCGACCGAACCCGCUCGCUGCCCUGUGGGCGCUCUACCUCCAAAACCUGGCUAAGCGGCCGCUUUUGACGAAGAUGUUCACGUCUCUAGUUGGUUUCGGGUUAGGCGACGUGCUAGCGCAGCACUUUUUAGAUAAGCAGAAACUGGAUAAGAAGCGCCUUUUCCGCAUGAUGUCGUUUGGAUUCCUCAUUCACGGAUCAACGGGCCAUUAUUGGUACCAAUUUCUGGAUCAGAUGAUCAAGGGAACCGGCGUGCGGGAAGUGGUCUCCAAAGUUGCACUUGACCAGCUGCUGUGGGCGCCCAUAUUCACCGCAAUUUUCCUGGGAUACACAAGCUUGCUGAGCGGUGCAUCGACUGAGGAAACCGUGAAGAAAAUCAAGGCAGAUACGUUCACGGGAGUUCGCGCCUCGUGGUCGGUCUGGCCCGUUGCGCACGCCAUUAACUUUCGCUUCGUUCCACCGAGUCAGCGCCUUCUUUACAUCAACUCAAUUCAAAUUGCUUAUAACAUGUUCCUAUCGAUUCUCGCAACGAGUCGGCCGGCAUCCGUGCAAGUCGGGCCAUCCAAAAGCGGAUCGAGCUCGGGGAAAACAAAAGUUAACGAUAUCAGCGGCAAAAAGUGA